AUGAACUCGGAUAAAUAUGAAAGCUUUUACUAAUUCGAGAGAUUUUAAAGUUCCUUAUCCGAAAAUUCUUAAAUUAGAAGCUCAUUUAAACAAAAAGAUUUUGAAUCACGAAACAGUUCAAUCAUCUUUGUUGUUCAGGAAUAACUCUAAAGAAUUUUAUCAAUGAUAAAUAAAGAAAAUGUAGAAUAAAUGGAAAAUAAUAUUAUCAAACUCCAACAAAUAAGUGGGAAUGUGAAAUAAUUUAAGUCUUAACUAAUAGAAUCAAUAGACAAAUAUAUUGGAAAUAUUGAUUAAUAUAUAGACUACAUCUAAAUUUAGAUGGGAAUACUUCAUUAAAAAAUUUAAGAAAUUCCAUUAGACAACGAAAUUGAAUUUUUUAAGAUAUUAAGAAAUAGAAAUCUAUCUACCAAAUUAUGCUGAAAUAAAAGAAAGUUUGUUAAAUAACUUAGUCGUAUUAAACUCUUCAACUAAAGUUAAUGAAUUAUAACAAUAUCUAAAUUAAUUUGGGAUUGAAAAAUACAAGUUAUCAUAAGAAAUCCUAGAAAAUUUAUUAUAAUAAAAUUAAGAUAAACUCAAUAAUGUACAAUGUGAAUUUCAUCAAAGUUAAAUAAAAAUGGUUCAUCUAAGUGAAGUAAGUUUAGUACCUCGAAGAUUAGCAUGCUUGACUUGUGUAGAGGAAUAUCCAUGUUAAUAUAUGAGAAUUGAAACAUUCUAUAAUUAAUGGUAGAUAUAAUAAUAAAGAAAAAUAUCCUAAUUAGAAAGGAAAAUAAAAGUAUUUAAUGAAGCAUGUUUAUAGGAAAAUUAAAAUCUUAUUAGGUUUUAGUUUGAGAUCAAUGGUUUAAUUGAAUAAUAUAGAAAUAAAUUAAAUUAAAAUUCCUAAAGUUAGCUAGAACUAUUAAGAAAGUUGAAAUAAUAAGAAUCAGAAGUUUGGUCUUAAAUUAAAAAAGAACGAUUGAAUGAAAUUGUUGAAGCUUUUAGUAGAUCUAAUCAUAUGAAUGAAUUUGAAAAUAAGCAUAAAUAAAUAUUUGCUCUUUGGCAAUAAAAUUAGAAGAAGAAUUAUGAUUUUCUCUUUAGAAACACAUUUAUUUUAUUGGAAGAUCAAGUUCCUGAAACAAAACUUUCCUGUUAUAUAGAAUAAUUAGAUUAGAAAUAAAGUAGUUUUAAAUAUUAGUUACUUAAAGAUUGCUCAGUAAAACAGUAAGAAUUUUGUUAUGCGAUUGCUUUCAGUUCAGAUUUAUCUACCAUAGCUGCUAGUUGUAAACAAUAAAUUAGGGUAUUCGAAAUAAGAAACGAAAUCGUAAUAGAAAUAUAAAUGUUAAACGAGCACUAAAAGGAAGUCGUGUGCUUAGCUUUUAUGAAAAAUUCAGAUUCAUUUAUAUCAGGGAGUGAGGACAAAACCAUAAUAAUAUGGAAAAAAAAUUCAACUUGCUAAUGGAUUUGUCAAUAGAAGUUAAAAUAGCAUUUGGACUCUAUUUAUUGUUUUAUAAUAUCUAAUAAUGAUGAUCUCAUUGUAUCUGGGAGUAAAGAUAAAACAAUUAGAAUUUGGGAGAGGGGUAGUUAGAAUAAAAUUGCAUAGAUUAUACAAGGAAAAAAAUAAUGGUUGUGCAAGCAGACUAUUUCUAGUCACACUGACUUUGUAUUUAGUUUGGCUAUAAAUGAAUCAUUAAAUCAAUUCAUCUCUUUUGGGAAAGAUAAUAAAAUAAUAGUGUUUUAAAUUGAAGAAAAAGGUUGGAUUUAAAAAUAAGUUAUUUCUGUUUAAUCAUUUGGGCUUGGAAUUAGUUUCAUUAACAAUGAUACAUUUGCAUCUAACCUUAGUAUAGUAAAAAAAUUGAAAUAUACGAGUUGAANAAUUAAAAUCUUAUUAGGUUUUAGUUUGAGAUCAAUGGUUUAAUUGAAUAAUAUAGAAAUAAAUUAAAUUAAAAUUCCUAAAGUUAGCUAGAACUAUUAAGAAAGUUGAAAUAAUAAGAAUCAGAAGUUUGGUCUUAAAUUAAAAAAGAACGAUUGAAUGAAAUUGUUGAAGCUUUUAGUAGAUCUAAUCAUAUGAAUGAAUUUGAAAAUAAGCAUAAAUAAAUAUUUGCUCUUUGGCAAUAAAAUUAGAAGAAGAAUUAUGAUUUUCUCUUUAGAAACACAUUUAUUUUAUUGGAAGAUCAAGUUCCUGAAACAAAACUUUCCUGUUAUAUAGAAUAAUUAGAUUAGAAAUAAAGUAGUUUUAAAUAUUAGUUACUUAAAGAUUGCUCAGUAAAACAGUAAGAAUUUUGUUAUGCGAUUGCUUUCAGUUCAGAUUUAUCUACCAUAGCUGCUAGUUGUAAACAAUAAAUUAGGGUAUUCGAAAUAAGAAACGAAAUCGUAAUAGAAAUAUAAAUGUUAAACGAGCACUAAAAGGAAGUCGUGUGCUUAGCUUUUAUGAAAAAUUCAGAUUCAUUUAUAUCAGGGAGUGAGGACAAAACCAUAAUAAUAUGGAAAAAAAAUUCAACUUGCUAAUGGAUUUGUCAAUAGAAGUUAAAAUAGCAUUUGGACUCUAUUUAUUGUUUUAUAAUAUCUAAUAAUGAUGAUCUCAUUGUAUCUGGGAGUAAAGAUAAAACAAUUAGAAUUUGGGAGAGGGGUACAAGGAAAAAAAUAAUGGUUGUGCAAGCAGACUAUUUCUAGUCACACUGA